UGCUCGCAAUAUUUCUAGCUAGUGGCUAUGCAACGGUGACAGUUCACAGGGAAUUGGUCCGUCGCGCCUCUAACGAGCAAAAUCGUGAAUUAGCCAAGACAAUAUCUACGCGCAACGAUGACGAAUUCAUGGCAGAAAAAGACGGGGAUUUAUUUCGUCAAAUUCUUUGCCAGUUAAUGCAAUUUUAAAGGCAGGGUGACAUUGAGAGUAGUGUGUCCAUAGUAACCGACACCUGCAGCGGAUGCAAACAAACCACGGUCGCAUUUGCCUCAGUGCUGCAAAGCUGGAGCGCAGAAAAUCCAAACAUGACAAGAAUGCUAAAUAUUUGUCUUUAGUGGCGUUGGAUAUUGUCAAUAUCAGCGGAAUCGAGUGGAGCACUGGCAAUAUACGCUAUUUUUUAGGAUAACAGAAUCGCGUGGUAAUUAAUAAUUCAGCACAGAAUAAAUGAAUGCGUAGGCUAACUGUUUUGCUUCAUAGCUGAACUGCAGAGUUGACUGAGGAAUUGUACCGGAGCUAGACACUGUCCUAUGAUGUCAGCGCUUGGAGAAACCUACCAGUGGGUUGUAGCGUUGCGAUUUGAUACAAUGUAUAUAAGGAGCUAGCUGAAAUGGGUAAACGUUUUAAAAUUUGAAUGUACAGUUGUAUCCAUAGCCUACUGGGUAACAUUAAUUUCAAACGAGUAAUCGAAAAAGAUAGGCACCAGUCGCCUGGACAUUACAGGAUUAUAGCAAGACGAGGCUAGCCACCACUCGCAAGCAUGAUUGAUUGUGGACGUAUUGCGAAGUCACUGUAAAGAAUCAAUAACUCCGCAUUAUACCAAAGGAAAAACUAUAUAUAGGCAUCAUUAAAGCACUUUGAUCCAAAAGUAGAAGACUGAAUUCUUCAGCCACACGAGUUCAUACAUGCUCGGUUACAUACUUUAGUCUUCUUGAAUGUAAGGACAGUAGUUAGCUACUGUAGCUACUAGACAACUACGCGAAAUGCUACCAGGUUCUAUCCAGAUAACGGGAGAGACACUCUCGGGGGCUGAAAUAAAAGACAUUUGCGACAGCCUCAAAGAGAACAGCGUGAGAUUGCUGUCGGUGCGGGGUUGCCAGCUUUCAGAUCGUGACUUCGGACGGGUGUGUCGCGGCGUCGCGGAGUCCCACUCUCUGGCACAACUCAACCUCAACCUCGGCGUCGUUUUGAGCAUCAGCCGGGUGAAGCAACUUGCCGAUGCACUCAAGACCAACAGAUCGAUUCAGACGUUGUUCCUUCACGGUAGUCCCCUGUUGGACGCAGGACUGGUGGCACUGAACACCGCGCUGUCCACACAUCCGUCGCUGGUGUCGCUUGACCUGGGAGACUGCAUGCUCGGCGAUGAGGCAAUACAGCUCAUCAGUGGCAUGCUGCCCCCGGACGGGGCCAAGUCAGGUCUGAGAGAGCUGACCCUGAGCGCUAACCCGGCCAUCACCACCAAAGGCUGGGCCCGACUGGCCAUCGCCGUGGCCCACAGCUCCCAGCUACGCGUCCUGAACCUGGACUAUAAUCCCCUGGGAGACCACAUCGCCGGGAUGCUGGCGGUCGCCGUGGCGUCCAGCCGGUCGCUGGAGGUGCUGGAUCUGGAGGGGACCGGCCUCACAAACCAGUCCGCGCAGAUCUUCCUGGACAUGGUGGAGAACUACCCCACGUGUCUGCGCGUGCUGGUGCUGGCGGAGAACGCCAUCAGCCCCGAGCUCCAGCAGCAGAUCUCCGACCUGCUGUCCGAGGGCGAGGAGGACGAGGACAAGCAGGCCGGGGCGCGGGGCAGCGGCGGCGUGGCCAGGGAGAAGACCACCUGGCUCCCCAACAGCAACUCCAGCUCCCAGAUGGUCUUGGUGACAUCGGGUCUGGGGGACAGCCUAUUGGCUGAGACUGAGAUGUGAACCAGGAAGCCACCUUGCUUUUUGCACUGCGCACGAGACCGUGAUCCACAUCACAUGGUAGCGAGCAACCAAUCACUUUGCAUGACCUGUAGCACUUGUAUAUAGUGAAAGAAAGUUUUCAGCAGGCUUCAAAACCUUGAACACCAAGUGACUUAAUAUACUCAAUAGUUAAAUAUUUAUUUUCAAGAUGUACAGUCUAUUUAUAAUUAAAUAUUUAAGGGUAAUGUAACCAUUGAAAGCAUACUCUGAUAGAUCAGCGAAAUGCGAGUUGUGUUUGUUAUAGUCUGAUGUCAGAAUAAAACAGUUUACAUCUUCUUAAAA